AUGUCUUAUCUUCUUGAACAUACUGAAUCUGGCCGUUUUGGUUCUAAUCAACAAGAGCAUUAUCAAGAACAUCUUACAGAAUCUUUAGAUUCCACUUCUGAAAAUCCUCAUACAUACGAAAAAGCUAUUCAUAAAGAAGAACAAGAUACUUGA